AUGUCAACUGCCGAAGAACUUCUACGUGACUUUGAGGAUGACGAAGACUUUGAUGUGGGCGAGGAUCAAAUCGACGAAGAGCCCGAGGAAGAGUCCAAAGACGGCGCGGGAAUUUCCAGCGAUUUCGACCGCUCCAUCUCUACUGCAGAUGAACUGACUCGGCUACAUAAAGUUCUGCGUGAUCAUUACUCCAUUCGAUUUCCCGAGCUCGAAAAACUCGUCACCACUCCCAUCAAGUACGCCAAGACGGUUGCCAUCCUCCAAAAUGGCCCCUUCAACGAUAUUAAGGCCCUCUCCACAUCAUCCGAUAACAUGGCUGGUGUGCCACUCAACUCGGUCCUGAACGGACCGUUGAUGAUGGUGGUUGCGCUGGAGGGAACAAAAACAAGAGGCCGAGAGAUGACCGAGUCCGAGCUCAAAUCGGUUCUCGAUACAUGCGAAAGGAUCCUCAAACUGGACCAUGAGCGCAUUGGUCUCACUGCAAGCAUUCAAUCCCGCAUGAACCAAAUUGCGCCCAACUUGGCUGCACUCAUCGGGGCCGAAACGGCAGCACAAUUCCUCAACCAAACCGGAGGCUUGCUCGAACUAGCUAAAAUCCCAGCAUGUAACCUGGGUGCGCAAGGAGCCCGGAGGCAGGAAGGGCUGGGUUUUGCGACCAAUCACGGUGUUCGAGCACAAGGAUUCCUCUAUGACUCGCCACUUCUCCAGGAAGUUCCCCUGGAUCUUAGAAAACAAGGAAUCCGAAUUGUGGCGGCCAAGAUGGUACUCGCUACCCGCGCAGAUGUCUCCAACUAUGCCAAAGAUGGCUCUCUGGGCGAGGAUCUGAAACAACAAUGCUACACACGACUGGAGAAACUGACCGAGGCUGCACCGAACUCCGGUACCAAGGCUCUCCCAGCGCCCGAUGAUAAACCGUCCAGAAAGCGAGGUGGAUGGCGCGCCAGAAAGGCCAAGGAGGCUGUCGCUAUGACUGAACUACGAAAAGCCCAGAAUCGCGUUGCAUUUGGCAAGGAAGAGGCAGAGGUUGGGUACGGCACCGGCUCUGGCACUGUUGGCCUGGGUAUGCUCGGCCAACAGGACGAUGGUCGCAUCCGGGCUACGCAGAUUGAUCAGCGUACUCGGGCCCGACUCAGCAAGAACAACAAAGGCUGGGGCACAAAUACCCCGGCUAGUGGCACGGCUUCGUCUCUGCGUGGCUUUGGCCAAAGCGGUGCUGGUGGCACUGCAAGCGUUCUUCAGGCACGAGGUUUGCGCGCAUCUGGAAUCGGCUCGUCUCUACCUGGUCCAGCUGGUACAUCCAGUACUAUCGCAUUCACACCCGUCCAAGGCCUGGAAUUAGUAGAUCCGAAGGUGCAAGCGGAAUUGAAGCGUAAGCGUGACGCCGAGGAAAACCGGUGGUUCAAUUCUGGUACUUUCACCCAAGCUCCUCAGCAGAACGGCAAUUCGCAGGGAGACAAUGGCGGUUUCAAGGUGCCUGCUAUUCCGGCCAAGAAGAAGCUUGAUACCGGCGAAGGCAAGAUGGGACCCCCACCCAAGCGCUAA